UUCGCACUCGCUUGCAACUUCCUACACUUCACCUAUAACAUUCAAAUUUGCCAAUUUCUAACAGAUUUUUUAUUUUCCUAAUUAUUUGUUUUUAUCCACCAUUCAAAAUGUAUUCGAAAAUUUUCGCUAUCGCUUUCGCGGCGGCCUAUCUCCCAACUGCUUUUGCUGCCGAUUGCACACUUGGUUGUAAAUACCUCGAAAACAACAGAUGGGUUUCUGUGAGCAAAAGCGCCAAUAUCGGCGACACAUUAUACAUCAUGGGUCACAGUACAAAGAUCGGAAGAGGAUGCAAGCCCGAAACGACCGAAUGGAGCGACGCAGAAAUCUAUUCUUGGUAAACUGUCAAAAGCAAUGUUUGGCAGGCGGUGUUUUGACGAAGUUUGGAAAAAAAUAUAAAAUACUAGCCCUUAUCUUAUUUUGCAUGGUUUAAGCCUGGUAAAAUUAAGGGUUUCUUUCUGGCUUUUUAAAAAUAUUUUGAUUAUAAAUUAUAUAGAUAUUAUGUUUCAAUACCAAAAAGUUAACCAGAA